CAGUUUUUUCAUUAAGGAAAUGAGUUCGCUUAUUGAUGAUUUCAGGUACAUCAAGUUUACAUGACGACUACAUGAAAAUGACUCCCAAAACGCUAUUCAUCAGAAAAUUAGGAAUUCUUCUAGCUUUUUCAGGUGUCAUUGGUCAAGAAGCGGUUUCAUAUUUUGGAAAGAAGAUUGGAGACUUCGGACAGCAAUCAACCCCAUCGUAUUCCAUACAAGGAAGUGUGUAUGCUGUAGACAAUAAUACACUAUGGUUUAGAGGCUUUAGUUACAACGGCAAUGCGCCAGAUGCGUUUUUCUGGAUUGGAUCAUCGAAUUCUCCCGAUGAUUCGGGCUCUUUAAUGACUGACGAAACUGGAAGCGUUGAUCCGCUGCAAGAAUACACCAAUCAAAACUUAAUUAUAUAUUUACCACUUGACGGUAAUAUUGCAGACUACAGUUGGAUAUCUGUGUGGAGUAAAAAUCUUUCGAGGAGCUUGGCCCAUCUGUCCAUUCCCACAUCUUUUAACCCGCCGACAACACGCGACCUGGGAUCACUUGGCCUGAGCCCACUAGUCCAUAAAACCGAAGCGGAUCGCGUUGAGAUUCUUGACACACAGACUGUUAAAUUUUACAAUCUCAAAUAUGAUGGAGAAGGCCCAGCUGCAUAUUUCUGGGUCGGUUCUGGAAGUCCAUCUCGUUCAGGUAUACGCCUACCCGAUGAAACUGGAAGAAUUAGCAUCACCCCGACAUUUGUGCCGGCAAGUUCCAUCUCUGAUAAAGGUGAGGACAUCACCGUGAGGUUUGACGGCGAUCAGACCGUGUUCGAGUACGAUUACAUCGGCCUUUGGUGCGAACAGGCUCGUCAAAAUUUCGGACACGUUAGCAUUCCCAACCGCAGAGACUUAAACAUUCCACCAUCUCUUGACACAUACGAGAUUCCUGAUAAUUACGACAACUGCGAGGAACUACACGACCGGCUUCAAGUAAGCUGGAGUCUUACAGAGGACACCAUUAAUAUACAGCUCCGUGGCGUAGUGAACAUCAAUGAUUAUAUGGCAUUUGGGAUUAGCGGCUCGGAGAGUAGAACUCAGAUGGUUAAUUCUGACGUAAUAGUGGCGUGGUUUGAUGGGAAUGUCGGUCGAGCUCAGGACUACUUUUUCUAUGGCGGCUGGAAUUUGAAACAGAGGGGAGACAAGGGAGAACUUUCAGAGAUGGGGUGUUCAGGUGGCAAUGGAGCUUGUCCUGAUGUCAAAGUCAAUGGGGUUAACAAUGUUGAAGGCAUAAGUGCCUCUGUGUUGAAUGGAGUAACGGCAAUCGAAUAUACCAGAAUGCUGGACACAGAUGACGAUUUGCGGGACACAGUAAUUUCAGCAAGUAAUGUGACUCAAAUAGUCUGGGCGAUUGGCCAGAUAAACGGAGAUGGACUAGCCGUUAGACACAUCGAACGAGGUGGUGGAACGGUAAUGUUCGGUCGUAACGCAUUGAGGAACUGUGAAUCGCUUGUCGAUGGAAGUAAAGAGGUAAACGGAUGGAAAGAAUUACAACUAAUUGGUAACAGCGAUACCACCGAAUUCACGGCCGUCAUUGGUCAGUCCGGAGGAGAGAGAGGAUAUACCAGUAUCACCGAUAAUGUCGGUUGGGGAAUAUCUUGGUACAUAAACGACAUGCUAAUCCCAAAACUCACAUUGAAGCGGGGUACCAAGUACACGUUUAAGGUUUUUGGCGGCAAUGAUGCGAAUCAAUCUGCCUCCUAUCAUCCCUUCUAUAUUACAAACGACAAAGGUGGAGGAUACGCAACAUUGACAGAAAUGGAGAAAUUGAACCACGUUAUAUACGCUGGACCAGUAAACGGAUCUCUCUGCGAAUUGAACGACAAGAAUGGAGACCAAAGCAUGACUUCAACAUCGGCCGAAGGAUAUAGAAAGACACUGGAAGAGAAAUGUCUUUCACCAAAGGAACCGGCAACACUCACCUGGACACCUGACGACAACACACCGGGCACCGUAUACUAUCAGUGUUACACACACCGUUUUCUCGGUUGGAAGAUUGAUGUUGUUGACGUACUUCCGUCAUCUGCUGUUGACAAUGAGAAACCCAAUGUGGUAUGCCCUGAUGAUAUUGUAUUGGGUACAAUCACAACUCAAACCCUAGCGACUUGGAGUGAACUGACAGUUAAUGACAAUGUUGAUACUGGUCUUUUAGCUACUUGUACUCCAUCCUCUGGUACAUCAUUUAAUGUUGGUUCAACUAAAGUUACUUGUUUUGCUAUUGAUGUCGCUGGUAAUGAGGCAAACUGCACGUUUAGAGUUUAUGUCAUUGAAGAUCAUAAGAAUCCUACUUUAGUGUGUCCUGCUAAUGUUGAUGAAACUACAGAAUCAAACCAAGCUACACUUACAUGGACGGGCCCAGUAGUCGGUGACAACUUAGAUUCUAGUCUGUCAGCGUCUUGUAGUCCGUCCUCUGGCUCAUCAUUUUAUGUUGGUUCAACUAAUGUCACUUGUAAUGCCUAUGAUACAGCUGGUAAUGAAGGCAAAUGUAUGUUCGUUAUCAAUGUCAUUGGCGUUAACAACACAUCAUCUGUACCCGGUUACCUAGUAAUAGUGGUAGUUAUUGUUUGUAUCUUCAUCCUGGUGAUGUUUCCGGCAAUGUUCUAUUGCAGAUCAUAUUAUGCCCGAAAAAACGAAAGAAAUAUAAAUUAUGAUGAUGUUGAAAUACCAAAACCAAAAACAUCAAUAAAUGCACCGGGGAACACAGAAGAAAUCUCCAUGGGGAAUGUUAAUGCAGUUUACGAAAAUGAUGCUGUAAAGAGACGGACAAGGAUGAACAAACCUGGUUACAUUGAUCCUAAAUUACUACCACUGCCAAGAGAGACAAAUCCAGAAUACGAAGAUCUGCACACUUACAUUGGAAUGGAUUCAGCAUAUACUAACCUUAAAAAGUAGAUUGUUUUAGCAUAAGAGCCUCUUAUGAGGUCUAAGGUCAGUCAAGUUCCAGGGACCUAAGAAAGACCACCUCUGGACAAUUAAAAAACCUGGAUAUUACGUUUUUGUUAUAUUAGACGUAUUAGCUGAGAUAUUUUUUGUAUUCAUAAUUUAUUUGAGACAUGAAAUUAUACUAUAAUAAAAUAUACACACAAUUACUGUAGCCAAUACAGCCAAAUAUUAUAAAAUUUUCUACAACAAAAUAAAUUCCUCUUUUUAUGUAUGCAAACAAAUUAUAAUGAUGAUGAUAUUGCCGUUCCGCUGAGAAGUCAAUUCAACAUCUCCGCCUCAGCUGCUAGUCCAGUCCGAAAUGUAGCAAUAUCAG